UUUAGCAGUCUCUGCUGUUCCGGCAAAGUAAGCGUAGCUAACUGCGGAGGAGUGGACGAGGGCUCCCCGCUGACUCUCGUCCUCACAUUUUCCCGACUUUUUCCAUUUUGAAGACUUUCUAUUCUCUCGGAUCCGAGUGGACGGAUUUGCCGUGACAAGGAUCAGGAAGCUGUGUUGGCUGUAGUCUGAGAAAGGAACAUGGCUUCCCAGGCUGAUCUGAUGGAGCUGGACAUGGCCAUGGAGCCAGACCGUAAGGCAGCAGUCAGUCAUUGGCAGCAGCAGUCCUAUCUGGAUUCAGGCAUCCAUUCAGGGGCCACCACAACCGCUCCCUCCCUCAGUGGGAAAGGCAACCCAGAGGAAGAUGAUGUUGACAACCAAGUCAUGUAUGAAUGGGAACAGGGCUUUAACCAGAACUUCUCCCAGGAACAAGUGCAAGACAUCGAUGGUCAGUAUGCCAUGACACGUGCCCAGCGUGUGCGGGCAGCAAUGUUCCCAGAGACUCUUGAGGAUGGUAUGCAGAUCCCCUCUACACAGUAUGAUGCCGCUAACCCCACAAAUGUCCAGAGGUUGGCGGAGCCUUCUCAAAUGCUUAAACACGCCGUGGUCAACCUGAUCAAUUAUCAAGAUGAUGCUGAGCUGGCGACCAGAGCCAUUCCAGAACUCACCAAACUACUCAAUGAUGAGGACCAGGUUGUGGUAAACAAAGCAGCGGUGAUGGUCCACCAGCUUUCAAAGAAAGAAGCUUCCCGCCACGCCAUCAUGCGCUCCCCUCAAAUGGUGUCCGCCAUCGUCAGGACCAUGCAGAACACAAAUGAUGUAGAGACGGCUCGCUGCACUGCUGGAACCCUGCAUAACUUGUCCCAUCACAGAGAGGGUCUGCUGGCCAUCUUCAAGUCUGGAGGAAUACCAGCUCUUGUUAAAAUGCUUGGAUCACCAGUGGACUCUGUUCUGUUUUAUGCUAUCACCACCCUACACAACCUCCUCCUGCACCAAGAAGGUGCCAAGAUGGCUGUUCGCUUAGCUGGUGGCCUACAGAAGAUGGUGGCUCUGCUCAACAAGACCAAUGUCAAAUUUCUGGCCAUCACCACAGACUGUCUGCAGAUAUUGGCCUAUGGAAACCAGGAGAGCAAGUUGAUAAUCCUGGCAAGUGGUGGCCCCCAGGCGCUGGUCAACAUUAUGAGAACUUACACCUAUGAGAAGCUGCUGUGGACAACAAGCAGAGUUCUCAAAGUACUAUCCGUGUGCUCCAGUAACAAGCCUGCUAUUGUAGAAGCUGGAGGCAUGCAGGCUCUUGGACUCCACCUGACAGACCCCAGCCAGAGACUGGUUCAGAACUGUCUCUGGACUCUCAGGAACUUAUCGGAUGCUGCCACCAAACAGGAGGGAAUGGAAGGUCUUCUGGGAACUCUGGUCCAGCUACUUGGCAGUGAUGACAUUAAUGUGGUGACCUGUGCUGCUGGCAUUCUUUCUAACCUGACCUGUAACAACUACAAGAACAAAAUGAUGGUCUGCCAAGUUGGAGGUAUUGAGGCACUGGUUCGCACAGUUCUUCGGGCUGGUGACAGAGAGGACAUCACAGAGCCAGCCAUUUGUGCCCUACGUCACCUCACAUCUCGACACCAGGACGCUGAGAUGGCACAGAAUGCUGUCAGGUUGCACUACGGUCUCCCUGUGGUUGUCAAAUUACUGCAUCCACCAUCACACUGGCCUCUUAUUAAGGCUACAGUUGGGCUGAUCCGUAAUCUGGCUUUGUGCCCUGCAAACCAUGCUCCACUAAGAGAGCAGGGAGCCAUCCCCCGGUUGGUCCAGCUGCUGGUCAGAGCACAUCAAGACACACAAAGGCGUACCAGCAUGGGAGGCACACAACAGCAGUUUGUGGAGGGAGUUCGUAUGGAGGAGAUUGUGGAGGGAUGCACAGGAGCGCUUCACAUUCUGGCCAGAGAUGUUCACAACAGAAUAGUCAUCAGAGGACUGAACACAAUUCCACUGUUUGUACAGCUGUUGUAUUCGCCCAUUGAGAACAUCCAGCGUGUAGCAGCAGGUGUGCUGUGUGAACUGGCCCAGGACAAGGAGGCUGCUGAGGCCAUAGAGGCUGAGGGAGCCACUGCCCCUCUCACAGAGCUUCUGCACAGCCGCAAUGAAGGAGUUGCAACAUAUGCUGCAGCAGUUUUGUUCCGUAUGUCAGAGGAUAAACCCCAAGACUACAAGAAACGCCUCUCUGUAGAGCUCACAAGCUCACUGUUCAGGACAGAACCAAUGACCUGGAAUGAGACUGGAGAUCUAGGUCUGGACAUCGGCGCUCAGGGAGAGCCUCUGGGCUACAGACAGGAUGACCCAAGCUACCGUUCGUUCCACUCAGGGGGUUAUGGAGGGGACACAAUGGGCAUGGAGCCCAUGAUGGACCAUGAUCUGGGUGGAGGCCACCACCCUGGCCAGGACUACCCCCCAGUAGAGGGGCUGCCUGACCUGGCACAUGCCCAGGAACUGAUAGAGGGUCUGCCACCAGGUGAUUCAAACCAACUGGCCUGGUUCGAUACUGACCUGUAAAUACCAAGACCAACAAUACACUACACUUUCUACUAGCUGUAUCAUGUGAUCUGGAUGAACCUGCAUCGUGAUUCGCCCAUAUGGAGGAGGCGGGGUUUCAGAAAGUGCCUGAAGAUGACUCAACAGCAAGCAGUUUCCUGUCUAUGGAAAUUCCAUUGGGACAAAUAGAUAAUAAGUGCGGUUCUGGUCUUUAAGCCCAACAAGGGGCUGACUUCAAAUCCUGACGUGACACAGAUUUGGUCUCAGUUGAGUUUUAUUUUUUUUCCCAAAAACCUUAUGUAUUUUUAAUUUUGAUUGUUUUACUUUUUAAAUUCUGUUUUCCUCAAGUCUGUAAUGGUACAAACUAGCUUGCCUUUUUUUUCACUCUGAAUUAUUAUACCCUUUAUUUUGCAGUCCCUUGUAUUUUAAGUCUUGUAGCAUAGAUUUUUUUCUUUUAAAUUUUUUUUAUUUUGAUUUUUUUGUGGUAAUGCUCCAUCAAAGUAAAAUCUGAUACAUUUUAAAUGGUGUCCAAACACUAAAGUUAAACGGUUGAAUUGUAUUCUGAUCAAGUGUAACAUUGUGUAGCUUUUGUAUAAAAAGACAUUAAUUGGAAAUCAUGGUCCAAAUAUCAAGUUAUUUUCUUGCUUUAAAGAUGGACACUAAUGUGUCUCUGCUGUUCCAAAGGAGGUGUGGCUAACCUAAGCGGAGUGGUGUGGCAGUGGAAGAAUGGGGUGGUGGAGAGCUCAUAUUGGUCUGCUGUUACAAAGAGGGGGGGGGUUAUUGAGGAGCUGGUUGCUGUAGCCUGCUGUGUUCUGAAACAAUAAAAUGGACUGUCAUUUCAACAA